GUGGUCGAGAUGUUCUUGAAUGGAAAGCAAUAUAUGUGGUCCUCUCCUCUCUGUGUAAUUCACAAGAUCAAUUUCUCAGCAGCACAAUGUGCAGUUUAGAGAAGAGUGGUAACAUUUUCACUCUCACCUUAACCGGCGAAGACGAUGAACACCGGUUAAGUCCAACGCUAAUCGAAUCAAUCCACAUUGCUCUCAAACAAAUUCGUACUAAUGCAAAACCUGGUUCAGUUUUGAUCACAACAGCACAAGGAAAAUUCUUUUCCAACGGUUUUGAUUUGAAGUAUGCUGCAUCUACAGGAUCUGCCACCAGGUCGGACAAUCAGUCUGGUGGGGUGUUUGGCGGUUUCAAAUUCGUCGUUGCCGAACUUUUAUCGCUUCCGAUGCCUACUGUAGCCGCAGUUUCUGGUCAUGCUGCCGGAGCUGGAUUCUUUCUUGCAUUGAGCCAUGACUAUGUAUUGAUGAGGAAAGACAGGGGGGUUUUGUAUAUGAGUGAGCUGAAUAUUGGGCUAAAUUUUCCUGAUUUUUAUAUGGCUUUAGUGAAAUCAAAGAUUCCGUCUUCCAGGGUUCGAAGAGAUGUUUUACUUCAAUGUAUGAAAAUUAGGGCAGAUAAGGCUGUGGAAAUGGGGAUAGUUGAUUUUGCUUAUGAUACUGCCGAGGAAACAAAAGAAGCUGCUUUGAAAUUGGCAGUGAAAUUGGGAUCCAACAAAUGGAACGGUGAAGUCUACGCUGAUAUUCGGAUGAACUCAUUUCCUGAAAUUUGUAGAUUGUUAGGGUUUGUUGCCGAUUUCAAAUCCGUUGUACCAUUCAAGUCAAAGUUCUGAACUAGUCUUCAAUUCAUAUUAUGAUAAUGACAUUCAUCCAAACUAAAUUGCUAUUUCGAAGAUCUGAAGCAUCUGGAUACACAUCAUGUAGUGUGCAAUUUAUCAAUACUAACAAAGGUUUCAGAGA